UUAUACUUUAUUUUCAAGUCACUAAAGCAGUUUUUCCUACCUUCUUCUUUGACUUUUUAUACAUUGUUUCAAAUAUCUUAUUCAUCAGUGUUUAUAACAUUUAGCAUGAAACCCACUUUUCACCCAGAAUGGAUCCUGAACCAACAAGUAUUUACUGUUGUAUAGAAAGAACUAUAGAUUUUAGUAUGGAUUUGCAAUUAUGUGAAAUGUCAUUAAGUCUGCAAACUGACUCAAUAAUGGCACACAGUGUAGCAGGAAAUGUAUAAAAACAUCAUUCCACACAGCGUUCAUUCGAGCAAAGUCCUUAUAAGAUGCUAAAACAUUCAUGGGGUCAUCUUUAUUUUCAUCUUUUGCCUCAUUACUUUUUCUCUCCCUGCAUGCACCUCCUGUUCACCCCAGAACCUCCCUCUGCUCCCGUAACUCUCCUUCUCCUCUACCCAUAAUGAUCGAAUUUCCCCAGUCACUUUAGCAGUUUGACACAUUACCUCCCUGGAAGCAUUACUCACACAGCACCCCAAGCUCUGCCCUCGAUCCUCCUCGACUCAACCUCCCCCCCUCCUUCUCCUUCCACUCUUGCUGAGUUUAUAAGUCAGCACCCGCAACAGCUGGCUCAGUGAGUGGAGCUUUACAUGAAGCGAGUAGGGGGGUUGUUGAGGUGGAGUGUGUAUCAGCAAGUAAACAUCUGAUAUUUCAAGAACUUAAACCCCAGAAAUAUCUCAGGGAACGCCGUCAAAGCUCCAUCAUGCGUGCGUUCGGGAUCUGGCAGGUGCUGUGUUUACUUGGCAUGUUGCGUUCAUACUUGUGUGUGAACGACUAUGACGGGAACUACGUAGAUAACUACGACAACGAGAUCUCCCAGGACAAGCAGGACGGGGAGCCUCCCUCCACACCAUGCAAUGCGGAAUUGUCCCGCUGGGACAAGCUUUUCAUCACGCUGGAAGACUCCCACAUGAGGCAGAGCAUGCUCCUGGAGUCUGCGGAGCGGUGCUGUGGAGGAAUGACCUCUCUGAGGAGCCAGGUCGACCGGCUGGCCCAGGGGACAUGCCAGCAGUGUGUCCCCAGCCUGGCGUCGGCGUGCGGGGCACAGUCGGAGCGGGCAAGUCUCAGGCUGCAGCAAGGCCUGGCCGAGCUCAGAGAGGAGGAGGAGGAGAGGGAGAGGAGACUAAACGCUACAGUUCGGUUGCUCCUGCUCAGUGGACGCGAGGAGAGUGCCCGACUGAACCGGCUAGAGGAAGCUGUGGCGUUGGGGCGAGCCGACGGCGGGAUGGGGCGCCAGCCAACACUGAGUCCUGGAGGUCCGGGGACGGCAUUUACAUUAGGGACGGAGCCGUUCACAUCUGGCCCGAAGGAGCAGGAAGUGCUUUCACCACUGGCCACAAUGGAGCGAUCUCUGGUUGCUAUAGCAACAGAGCUGCAGAGGAUCCACCUGCAGUUGAGCAAAGUGAUAGAGGAAGCAGGGACGCUGAGGAAAGGCAGAGGAGACACAUGAGGCGCCCAGAGGGAAACAAAUAAUAAAAAGAUUUCCAGGGAACGCUCCGCUGAACAUAAUGAUUUUGCACAUAUUCCAUUUUUUUAACGUGUCAUCUCGAAGAGCUUAUUUUUGUCUUGUGACAGCCAAUGUAAAUGUAUCACAAACGCCGUGGGUUUGCAAUGAUGAAUAAAAAAAAAAAUUACUCAAA